AUGGUUGUUUUAAACCCUUUUCAAAACACUACCACCACAACUACCACCACCGCCGCCGCCAACAACAACAAUGACAAUGACAAGUCAGAUCCUACCAUAUCAAAGGAUAACAACAGUAGCCCCGCACGUACCAACUCAUCUUUAACAUUGGAGCUGGAUAAGGACUCAAACAAAAAUAGUCCUGAAUUGCGCCCAAUGUCACGUAAUCGAACUAGAUCGAUAUCAAUAAGUCGAUUCUUUUUCAACAAGGACCACGAUUCACCCGGCACAUCUAUUGGUAACGUGCCGGUAAACUCCUCGGAAAACAGCUCUUCAAAAUCAACUGCAUCAGGGGCACCUUCAGAUCAAGGAAGCAACAACAAUGGAAUGAAUAAAUUGAAAAACAUAUUUCGUUUCCCCUCCAAUUCAGUGUCGUCAUCAGAGGAGAAAGCACAAGGACGGAGGCAGCGGUCGCUAUCGUCUCCUUUUCGACAAAGCAGUAAAGAAAACAAACACAAGAAAUCAACUAGUAUCAACCAUUCGAAUAACGCAACACCCAAAGUACCAGAAAUUGUCACUGUUGAUGUACCAGAAUCGCAUGAUUUGGCUGAAUCGGCAAGUCCCGUGGUGCAAUCAAAUCCGUACUUUCAACAUCAGGGGCUUCCUCCGCAUUUAACCGUAUCUACCCCACAGCAACCAAACUUGCUAACAACAACAAAUAAGUCUGACCUUUCAGUUUCAUUAAGGCAUAAUGACUCCAUUUACUCAUUGAAUGAACACGAGGUGUUGCAGCCACCACCCAAGAUACAUUACAGUCAAUCGUUUUCCGGUGAUGAUGAGUCAGAUGAUGAUAUCACCAAUGCUCAAAAAGGUGCCGACCAUUCAACAUACCUUGAGCCACCAAGAAAAGAAUCUCUUGCAAUGAAACAAGUUGACGAAGAACCAGCACUCACGCCACCUCCAUCGCCAUUCCAAAGGGCCCUUAGACGUGUUGCGUCGGCGCCGCUAGUGCACAAAUUGAUGAAUGAUAAAUCAGGUGAUGUGUCGUCGCCACCGUCACCAAUUAUCAGAAAAGAAGAAGAGCCGUUUGAUAUAAGUAAACAUAUUGGGGAGGUGACAAUCACCGGUCGCCCUCGUACUUUAACCCAGGACCGGACGUACUCGCAUGCAGCUACUCGCGUAGUUGAUGUGCAAGUGGGACCUAAUAGUUUUGAGAAAAUUAGACUUUUGGGAAAAGGAGACGUGGGGAAAGUUUACCUUGUGCGUGAACUACAAUCGAAUAGGCUCUACGCAAUGAAGAUUCUCAGCAAAAAGGAAAUGAUUGAACGAAACAAGAUCAAACGGGCAUUGGUGGAGCAAGAAAUUUUGGCCACUUCAAACCAUCCAUUUAUUGUCACGUUGUACCAUUCGUUCCAAUCAAGAAGCUUUCUUUAUCUAUGCAUGGAAUAUUGUAUGGGGGGAGAGUUUUUCCGGGCGUUGCAAACAAGAGAAUCGAAAACCAUUUCUGAAAAUGACGCCAAGUUUUAUGCCGCUGAAGUGACAGCCGCACUUGAGUAUCUCCAUUUAAUGGGAUUCAUUUACCGCGAUUUGAAGCCGGAGAAUAUCUUGUUGCAUCAAUCAGGACACAUUAUGUUGAGUGAUUUUGAUUUAUCUAAACGCAGUGAACGCGCCAAGAACCCGGAGAUUGCCUUUAACAAGAAUGGGCUAUCUUUAUCAUCACCAAGUACGUAUUCACCCCACCAUGGCCCAACAUUGGACACAAAGGCAUGCAUUGAUGGGUUUAGAACCAAUUCGUUUGUUGGUACUGAGGAGUAUAUUGCACCUGAAGUUAUACGUGGUAAGGGUCACACCAGUGCCGUUGAUUGGUGGACGUUGGGAAUCUUUAUAUAUGAGAUGUUGUAUGGAACUACCCCAUUCAAGGGCCAUGAUCGCAAAAAGACAUUUGCCAAUGUGCUCAAACGUGAUGUCAAGUUUGAUGUUGCAUCGCAGCAGCCAGUUUCAUCAAAUUGCAAAACUUUGAUAAAGAAGUUGUUGAUCAAAGAAGAAGAUAAACGGUUGGGCUCAAGAACGGGUGCGUCGGAGAUUAAGAAUCAUGCAUUUUUCAAAAACACGCAAUGGGCAUUAUUGCGACAUCAAAAACCCCCCAUGAUCCCUGUGUUGACCAAGUCGAAAAAGCAUCGUGAUCAUAAGGAUGCAAAAAGUGGCAACGGCAAUGGUGCAGGUGAAGGCGGUGGGCUAAUCAAGGACGAUAGUGUGGGUGGUGGUGGUAGCGGUGGCGAUGCAGCAGCCUCAGAUGGCAAUAAUGAAACGGCGCUGGGAGUAGCACACGAUCCUAAUGAUCCAUUUGCAAAGUUCAACUCAGUAACGUUGCGGUAUGGCGGUGAUAUAUUUGAUUGUGAUGAGUUUAAUCCGGAUAUAGUCAAUGGCCUUGAUCUUGACUCAUCAGUGGUCUACAACCCGGAAAAAACGACAGCAUACACUAGCGUUGCAUAUACGAUGACGUCGCCCGAUAACGGAGGAGCGACAAAAAGAGGAUUCUUACGUAGGUAA